AUGUUUAGAAACAGAGGGAAAGCCGCCCCCGCGCGCAAGAACGGGAACGGGACGUCCGAUUCCAAGGCCAUCCAUCCGUUAAGGAGUCUAGGACUGCAGGAUGAUGACGAUGUCCAGUGGAUGUUAAAGGGUUCCAAUAUGGUCAAGAUCCGAUCACCUCAUUGGCAAAAGCGACGUACCCUGAAGCUGCUCGAAGACGGCGUCACAAUAUGGUGCCAGUCCCGCAAAACUUUCAGUCGAGCCAAGGCGCGACAAUCCUUUUCUAUUGCAGAGGUGGAGUGCGUAUGUGCGGGCUGUCAUUCAGAGACAUUGCGGCAGAUCAUCGGUGCAGAUCCUGAAGGACGGUGUUUGACGGUGGUCUUCAAAGGUCCACGAAAGAAUCUGGAUCUUCUCUGCCAGAGCCACGAGGAUGCUUUUCAUUGGACUCGUGGCAUCCAGACACUGCAAGAAAGGAUUGACAAUAUGACCCAAAAGGAGAAACUUGAUCACUGGAUCCAGGCUUACCUGAGUCGGGCUGAUCAGAAUCAUGAUGAUAAGAUGAGCUAUGAUGAAGUGCAGUUAUUGCUUCAAAUGAUCAAUAUUGACCUGAAUGACCAAUAUGCUCGUGAACUUUUCCAGAAAUGUGACCACUCAGCCGAUGGCCGAUUGGAACAUAAGGAAAUUGAACUCUUCUGCAGAGAAUUGUUGCGGAGACCUGAGCUGGAUGCCGUCUUUAUGCACUAUUCUUCCAAUGGAUGUGUCCUGUCAGCUACAGAUCUGAGGGAUUUCCUGAAUGAUCAAGCAGAGGAUUCUUCAUUCACACAUGCCCAAAGCCUAAUAAUCACCUAUGAACUUAACGAAUGGGCUCAGAGGAAUCAUUUGAUGACACCCAAUGGUUUCACCAUGUACAUGCUUUCCAAGGAAAAUUCUGUGUUCAACCUGGAUCAUGCUCGGGUUUAUCAAGACAUGAAACGACCCCUGACACACUACUUCAUCUCCUCUUCCCACAAUACAUAUUUGACAAAGGACCAGCUGACUGGGGAGAGUGGCAUCGAGCCAUAUAUUCGAGCCCUGAAUCAUGGUUGUCGCUGCGUGGAGUUGGAUUGUUGGGAUGGAGAUAAUGGACAGCCAGUCAUUUACCAUGGCUACACGCUCACCUCCAAAGUGCCUUUUGUCGAAGUCAUAAAGACUAUUAAUGAAUAUGCAUUUAAGGCAUCACCCUACCCUCUGAUUCUUUCUUUGGAGAACCACUGCUCAGUGGAGCAGCAGGCAGUGAUGGCCCGCCACCUGCAGUCCAUCCUCGGGGACAAACUGCUCACGAAGCCAAUUCCUGGCCUUAAAUGCGACAACCUGCCUUCACCGGAGGAUCUAAAGGGUAAAAUCCUGGUGAAGGGAAAGAAAGAGAACACAGCGGAGGAAUGCUGUGCGUGUACAUCAAACCUCAACUCUUCAGAGGAGACCGCUGCGUCCAAGUUGAGUCCAGAGCUGUCAGAAUUGGUCGUAUACACCUGCAGUGUCCACUUUAAAAGCUUUCAACAUUCUGCCAAAGCCCCGCCAAGCCACAUGUCUUCAUUUUCAGAAAGUGAAGCUCUCAGACAUGUUAAAGACUCAGGGAUGUAUUUCGUACGUCAUAAUAGCCACCACCUAAGCAGGAUCUACCCUUCAGGACAGAGGCUACAGUCUUCUAACUAUAACCCUCAGGAAAUGUGGAAUGCAGGCUGCCAUCUUGUGGCUCUAAAUUUCCAAACCCCUGGAGAAGAGAUGGAUAUAAAUCGAGGCAGGUUCCUGCAGAAUGGUCAAUGUGGCUACAUUCUGAAGCCCCCUUUCAUGUGCCAACCGGACACCACCUUUAAUCCAGAAAAUGUUGGUGGAGGUCCUGGCCAUGUGCCUGUUCUAUUAACCGUUAGGGUUAUUUCAGCACAGCAGCUACCUAAGCAAGAGAGGACCAAGCCCACAGCCAUUGUGGAUCCCCAUGUAUGGGUUGAGAUACAUGGUGUUCCAAUAGAUAAUGACAGGAAGAAAACACAUCACAUCCAAAACAACGGUUUUAACCCACAGUGGGACUACACAUUUAAUUUUACCAUCCAUGCUCCUAGCCUGGCUCUCGUUCGCUUUGUGGUUGAAGACCAUGACUAUGCUUCAAGCAAUGACUUUCUUGGACAGUACACCCUGCCUUUUACCAGUCUUCGCACAGGUUAUCGCCAUGUCCGACUGCUUAAGCAGGAUGGCUCCAGCCUUUCCCCCUCCUCCCUCUUCAUCCAUAUCAAGCUUGUCAACUGUGAGAAUAGCACUUACAAGUCAUCUAAAUCACCAGCCAAAGUGUCUCAAGCCAACAAGACCCAAACUGAAUUCGGUGGAAAAGUACUUCAUCCUGAUUACCGUCAGCCAGACUGGCCUUCAGUUAAAGAGGAAGAAGAGCUGGAGUCCCCGAACAUGAAAGAAAGUCACAAAAUAAAGAAGGAAGUGACUCUUGACUGUAAAGAGGAGGAGUCUGGGCCCCCAAAAGUUUCAGAGGAGGUUCUAACGCAGAUCCACUACAUCAAAAAAGAGGAGGACGAGAAGCUAGCAUGUGUUAAAAAGGAGACAGACAUCGCACAGUUAACUGAAGAUGAAUGUCUGAGUGACAGCAAAGAUGGGGAGCCUCCGAGAGUCAUCAGCAGCUCAACACAAAGAUCCCAAAUGAGAGAGGAAUUGGCUCUGGCUCGAUAA